AUGGGGUACCCCGACUACAAUCAACCAUUUAUAUUACACACGAACGCUUCGUUAGAAGGAUUAGGGGCGGUGUUAUACCAGAAACAAAAUGGUCAGAUGCGCGUAUUGGGAUAUGGGUCAAGAUCCCUUAGCCAAGCAGAAAAGAAGUACCAUUCUGGGAAACUGGAGUUUCUAGCCCUGAAGUGGGCAGUCUGCGAACAUUUCUGUGACCAUCUUUAUUAUGCCCCUCAUUUCACUGUGUACACUGGUAACCCACUUACGUAAGUGUUGACAACAGCCAGGUUGAACGCAACGGGUCACCGAUGGGUUGCUGAGUUAGCGGACUUCACGUUCAACAUAAAAUACAGACCAGGACGUUCAAACGGAGAUGCGGCUGCACUCUCGCGAAUGCCACUGGAUUUUACGACUUAUAUGAAAGAAUCUACUGAAGAUCUGACCCUAGGCCAGGUUCAGGCAAGCGUUGAUGGGAUUGGGGCGCAAUGUCACGGUGACACUGUUUGGAUCUCUGCACUUACGCACGACGAAGAUCUCUUGGAGACUGACAGUGAAUUUCUCGCAGAAGAUCAACCUGCCAUCGCGAAAGCUACAAUCCUUCAGGCCCAGAAGCAAGACCAAACAAUUGGCAGAGAACUAGCUUUCAAGUUGGAGGUACGACGUCCGUCACAUGAAGAUUGCAAACGAGAACUACCUGGUAGAAAAGCAUUGCUACGACAAUGGCACAAGCUAAAAAUUGGAAAAGACGGUUUACUGCGACGAGAAAGUGGACCAUAUAAACAAUCAGUAUUGCCAGGAAAGUUCCAUCGAACAAUUUUCAAGGAACUUCAUCAAGAAAUAGGGCACUUGGGAGCAAAAAGGGUGGUACAGCUAUAG